AUCAUUCGGUAUCAGUCGGCGAACGGUGGCGGUUUGUUGGCCUUCAACAUUCCUGCUACAUGUGCAGAAGUUUAUUGAAUAUUUACUCCCGUAGAACAUCAACAAUAAUAAUAAUAUCGUCAAUAAAACAUCGGAAAUGCAGCGCCAGUUACCGUCACUAUUGAAUAUACAGCAUUACAUUCACUCUUUACAAAAUAUACAGUGGCACGCUAAUGUCCAUAGAAUUUCCAGGAGCCACAAGAACUUGGUAGAAUGGGGGCAGACUACACAGUUUCGUCAUAAUUUCAACAAUGCCUCAGAUCUGCGUUGUAAAGGUCGGCAAAGAUUUCUACAGACUCGCUGCACUUCAGACCCUUUCGUUCCAGUUCACUGCAACCGUAUCAGACGAUCACCUAUUAAUGGCGGGUUACUUUGGAAUGUAGAUAUUUCGAGCCCUGUAUCUUAUGUAAUGAAUGCACUUGGCUCCAAAGCUCCUUAUUCUAGAAGUUUGUAUUUUCAUGAAAGUCGACGUUUGUUCUCGUCGUCAUCGUCGUCGUCUGGAGAUGAUAGCAGUGAGAAUUCCCCUAAAGAUAAUAAUAAUAAUAACGUCGUCCCCGAAGGUGAUGAGGGCAGCUUUUCUAACUUGGGUCCUGGCGGAUUUGGCAUGGCCCUAACAACUCUUUCUGUACCUGAUGUCUUCCCUAAAGUGCCUAUAAUUCCUGUAUCACGAAAUCCGGUGUUCCCAAGAUUCGUGAAGAUGAUUGAGGUUACCAACAAAGAUCUCAUGGAUGUACUCCGAAGGAAAGUUAAACUUAACUUACCAUAUGCCGGAAUAUUCUUGAAGAAAGAUGAUAGUAACGAUUCUGAAGUAAUUUCCUCUAUGGAUGAUAUCUAUCCUAUUGGGUCAUUUGUUCAAAUCACAGAAAUGCAAGAUCUUGGUGACAAGUUAAGAAUGAUUGUUUUAGCUCAUCGUCGAAUCAAAAUUAACAACAUCAUCUUUGAAUCUGAAGAAGUAACAGACCAGACUUGUGAUGAUAAAAAACGUAAAUCACGGCGCCACAGACGGAAUCAAGAAAAUGGAAUAAAAGAUAAUGAAGAUCUUGAAGUGAUUGAAAAAACUUUGCAUUCAAACACAGGAAAAAUGUUGAUGGCCAAUGUAGAAAAUUUAGUGCACGAGGAAUUCAAGCAAACAGACGAGAUUAAGGCACUGACAUCAGAGGUUGUGAAGACUAUCCGAGAUAUCAUUGCAAUGAACCCACUAUACAGAGAGAAUUUAGCACAGAUUAUCCAAGCUGGACAGAGAAUUAUUGAUAACCCUGUGUACAUAGCUGAUCUUGGUGCUGCCUUGACUGCUGGAGAACCAGAUGAACUACAACAGGUACUUCAAGAAGUAAAUAUACCACGUCGUUUGAUGCUGUCAUUGUCAUUGUUAAAGAAAGAAUAUGAACUUAGCAAAUUGCAACAAAAAAUAAGCAGAGAGGUGGAGGAAAAAGUGAAAAAGCAACACCGAGAAUACAUGUUGAGAGAACAGCUGAAAAUAAUCAAGAAAGAACUUGGUCUUGAAAAAGAUGACAAAGAUGCAAUUAUUGAAAAAUUCCGUAAAAGAUUAAAGGAUCUUGUUGUUCCUAGUCAUGUUAUGGAUGUAGUAGAUGAAGAAUUUAGCAAACUGUCUUUUCUGGACAAUCAUUCCUCAGAAUUUAAUGUAACACGUAACUAUCUAGAUUGGCUGACCAGUAUGCCUUGGGGAUGCAGCAGCAAAGAAAACUUUGACCUUAAUUAUGCUAGUGAAAUCCUGGAGAAAGAUCAUUAUGGUAUGGAUGAUGUAAAGAAUAGAAUUUUAGAAUUUACUGCCAUUAGUACACUUAAAAAGUCAACUCAGGGUAAAAUCCUUUGUUUCUAUGGGCCACCUGGUGUUGGUAAAACCAGCAUUGCAAAAUCAAUUGCCAAAGCAUUGAAUCGUGAGUAUUUCCGAUUUAGUGUUGGUGGAAUGUCAGAUGUUGCAGAAAUCAAAGGUCAUCGGCGAACAUAUAUAGGUGCAAUGCCUGGCAAAAUUAUUCAGUGCCUGAAAAAAACCAAAACAGAGAACCCAUUGGUUUUGAUAGAUGAGGUCGACAAAAUUGGUAAAGGAUUCCAAGGUGACCCAGCCUCUGCACUCCUUGAACUGUUGGAUCCAGAGCAGAAUGCCAAUUUUUUGGAUCAUUAUUUGGAUGUGACUGUAGAUUUGUCCAAAGUUCUGUUUAUUUGUACUGCUAAUGUGACUGAAACCAUUCCUGAACCUUUAAGAGACCGUAUGGAAAUGAUUGAUGUAUCAGGUUAUGUAGCAGAGGAGAAAAUGAAUAUUGCAACGUCCUACCUUGUACCUCAAGCUCAAGUUAAUUCAGGUGUUGACCAAGACACUGUUAAAAUCAAUGAUAGUGCUAUGAGAUUGCUUAUUAAAUCUUAUUGCCGUGAAAGCGGAGUGAGAAAUCUACAGAAACAAAUUGAAAAGGUUUAUCGGAAAGCUGCAUUUAGAAUUGUGAAGGAAGGGAUCAGCAACAUUCUUGUAACCCCUGACAAUCUGCAAGAAUUUGUGGGCAAACCACUUUUCACUACAGAUAAAAUGUAUGAACAGACACCACCUGGAGUUGUAAUGGGCCUUGCUUGGACAGCAAUGGGUGGAUCUACCUUGUAUAUUGAAACCUGCUUGAAGAGGCCAUUGGUUACCAAAGAGAAAGAGCAAGGUUCUUUAGAGAUGACUGGUCAUCUGGGACAAGUGAUGAAAGAGAGUAUCACUUUGGCAUAUACCUUCUCAAAAUCAUUCAUGCUAGAGAAACAUCCAGAAGUACAUUAUUUACAAAAUGCUCAUCUUCAUCUUCAUGUACCUGAGGGAGCCACGCCCAAAGAUGGACCAAGUGCAGGAUGUACCAUUGUAACUGCCUUGAUAUCACUUGCCCUCAACCGUCCUAUACGUCAAAAUAUUGCCAUGACUGGUGAAAUAUCUCUGAUGGGCAAUGUUUUACCUGUAGGGGGAAUCAAAGAGAAAACUAUAGCAGCCAAGCGGGUUGGAGUUGACUGCCUGGUGUUACCUGCCGAAAACAGAAAGGAUUAUUCAGAUCUGCCAGCAUUUAUCACUGAGGGUCUGGAAGUGCAUUUUGUUAAUCACUACCGAGAUGUAUAUCAUAUAGCAUUCCCCCAGUAAAACGUUGCCAUUCUCUAACUGACCAGUGGUGCUGUUCAUUAGCUGAACAUAUAUGUGCAUCUGCAUAUAUAUAUGUGUGUAUGUGUAUCAGUGUAUAUAGAAAGAGAAAGAAAGAGCAGACAUGAUGUGACACAACUAUUUAAAAAUGUGUAAUACUUUUAAGCAUUUGUCAUUUAGCUCCUAAGAUCAUUAGCACAAUAAUUCACUGCUGGCUGUGUAUCUAAUAGUCAGGUCGGAGGUAAGUGUCUGCUUCAAGAGGCCAACUUUGUUUUGCAUUCUUGCUUCACCCCCCUCCUUCCAUGCUUUUUACUUACAACUAUAUGUAAAUAAAUAAAGAGAUAUUCAUUUUUAAA